GGUUCAGUAUUGAUUGUAUAUCAUUCAAAUAUUUUUUACUAUUUUACAUAUUGUAUGUACUGUAUUUUUUUGAAAUUAUGGAAGAUUUUCAAAUGUUUGAAGAAUCACAAAUGUUUCAGCACAACACUGAUAUUAAUUUUAUGUCAGAAACUUCGCGAGAACAGAACACGCAGAGCAGUGAUAAUCAUUUCAUUUCAGAAACUUCUCGUGUUUCUCGUGGUAAAGCAUUUACAAUUAUAGAAGAUGAAACUUUAUGUAGAUCUUGGUUAGCAGUCUCUCAAGAUCCCAUUACUGGUAAUAGUCAGACUAUGGUUAUAUUUUGGGAACGAGUACUUGUUAAUUUUAAUUCACAAUUGAGUGGUGAAUCAAAUCGAAACCGUAUUUCUUUGUCUCACCGUUGGUCUGCCAUGCAAAAGGCAAUUAAUAAAUUCUGUGGUUUUCUUGAACAAAUUCAACUGAGGAAACAAAGUGGAACAACUGAGGCAGACAUGGUCGCUGAAGCAAAGCGGAUGUAUCAUGCAAUACAGAAAAAACACUUCACAUUUGAUACAUGUUGGGAUAUUUUGCGCCGAAGUUGUAAGUGGGAUGAAUUUCGAACACAAUCCAAAAAGAGUACGCAACAUGCUUAUCUAUGUUCUAAUCCACCAAUUGGAGAAUCUGAUGCAUUUCAAUCCAACCAGAAUAAUGUUCUGCACGAAGAACCAUCUUAUCCAUCAACACGACCAAUUGGUACUAAAGCAGCGAAAGAGAAGUUGAAGAAUCAAACAACCCACGAUAGUAGAUUUGAUGAAAUGGCUGCCAACCAAUCCAAAAUUGUUGAAGCGUUAUCAACUAUUUCCGCUAGAACUAUUGAGCGAGAUGAACAAAAGGCGAUCGACCGUGACCAGAAAGCUGCAGACCGUCGAAGAAGGGCCGAAGAUAGGGAGGAACAACUAAAACUCCUAUCUAUGAUGAAUGAAAGAGAACAACGAAAUGAAGAUCAUAAAAUAAUGUCAAUGGCCAUGACAAAUUUAAAUCCAAUGCAAAGGGCGUACUACGAAGAUCUUCAACGACAGAUUUUAUUUCGAACAACUAAUAGAUUGCCUUGA